AUGUCAGGUCCUCCACCCCCUUACGAAGAACAAAGUUCGCACCUUUAUGGACAGCCUGCGAGAGACAGCCAAGAUGGCAACGCCUUCAUUCCAGAAGAUCUUAAAUAUUCCACAGUGGUCGUCUCGUGCGAACCCAUCAUCCGGCAGCGGUUUAUGCACAAGGUUUACUCUCUUCUGUCGUGCCAGCUACUGGCCAGCCUGUUGUUCAGCUACUGGGCUAGCGUUUCCACUUCUUUGCAGACUUUUAUCAUGUCACAUUUCGCCCUCUUCUACGUAUGCAUGGCGGUGUCACUAAUAUCAUGCAUCUGGCUCGCAGUAAGCCCUCGACCCGAGGACUACGAGGCCAGUGUUCCUGAGCCUUUACUCACGGGUCCCGGCGAAGAAACAACGCAAGAGCAGAGACGCCUACCUUGGUACGUCUUGUCCUCGAACAGACAAAAGCUCACCCUGCUGUCGAUUUUCACACUAUCUGAAGCAUACUGUUUGUCACUGGUCACUUUGGUGUACGACAAAGAAACUGUGCUUUCAGCUCUGCUGAUUACCACCAUCGUUGUUGUCGGCGUCUCCUUGACCGCACUAUCUGGGAGAUUCGAAAACGUGCUAAAUUCCGCAACGUCAAUAUACUACUGGCUAAAUUGGGGCCUAUGGAUUAUGAUCGGGAUGGGUCUCACAGCCUUACUGUUUGGCUGGAAUACUCAUUCUUCUAAGUUUAACCUGCUUUACGGAUGGCUGGGUGCCAUUUUGUUCACUGUGUAUCUUUUCAUCGACACGCAAUUGAUUUUCAGGAAAGUGUAUCCUGAUGAAGAAGUUAGGUGUGCCAUGAUGCUUUAUCUGGAUAUUAUCAAUCUGUUCCUUUCCAUCUUGAGGAUUUUGGCUAACUCCAACGACGAUAACUGA